AUGGGUCGACAAACGUCAUAUGAUGACAUGAACAACUUUUGUAAGUGCAUCAUUCACCUGUAUCACGAUGAGUAUAUGAGAAAACCGACUCAAGAAGAUGUUAAUCGAGUGACUGCGAAGCAUUUGGAGGUGCAUGGUUUCCCGGGUAUGCUCGGCAGCGUUGAUUGUAUGCACUGGCCAUGGAGAAACUGCCCUACCGCAUGGCAAGGCCAAUACACUCGUGGCGACAAAGGACACCCCACAAUCAUGUUUGAAGCUGUUGCUUCAUAUGAUUUGUGGAUUUGGAAUGCUUACUUUGGACCAGCCGGUUUGAACAACGACAUAAACGUACUCAAUGAAUCUGACUUGUUCGACCAGCUCCAUGAAGAUAGGGCUCCUGUGGUCAACUUUACCGCUAACGGCGAGCAGUUUACAAAGGGGUAUUAUCUAGCCGACGGUAUUUAUCCUGAAUGGUCUACACUCGUGAAGUCUUUCAAGUGUCCCAUGUACCCCAAGACGACAAAGUUCAAGCGCUAUCAAAAAGUUUCAAGGAAAGACGUAGAACGUGCAUUCGUGGUGCUUCAAGGUCGUUUCCAUAUCCUCACUCACGGAGCGCGUCCAUUGAGCAUCAACAAAAUUAAGCGUAUGAUGUACAGUUGUGUGACUUUGCACAACAUGGUUGUUGAUUAUAACGGUCGUGCAAUUAGUCCAUUUGAUUUGGAGUUAGUUUCGGAGGAGAGGUCAGUUCGUACUUGGGACCAACGAGUGGGAACACCGUUACGUAUGAUGGGGGAGUUACGUGAUCGACAGGCGCACCACCAUCUUUGA